AUGGGUGGCUCCUACGCGAAGCCGAAGCAAGAUCUACCCAAAUGUUGCGACACCAUCGUCGAGGAAGUACGCCACAACCCGGUUAUGAUUUACACGACUUCAUCGUGCGGCUACUGUACGAUGGCGAAAGAUUUGUUCAAGGAAGAGGGGAUUGACUAUUUUGAGCGGGAUAUCGAAGCGCUGCACAAGGUUAGCCCCGCCAUGGCCACGGAAUGUGUGAGAGGGUUACAAGUUAUCACGAAGCGCUCGACGGUGCCCCAGAUUUUUAUUUGCAAGGACUAUGUCGGCGGCUACGAUGCGCUGCUGGCCUCGCGAGCCCGACUGCACGAUAUGGUGGCCAAAUGCGUGCCCAACCACAAAAAGCCGACCCGACCGCAAUUG